AUGGUGAAGCUGCUUAAACCGGGUCGCGUGGUGAUGGUUCUAAACGGCCGCAUGGCCGGUAAGAAGGGGGUGGUGGUGAGCACUUCCGAGGGCACGAAGGAGCGUCAUUUCUGCUACUGCUUAAUUGCUGGGAUCGAGCGUGCUCCUCUUCACGUCACAAAGAGGAUGUGCGCCACGAAAGUUGAGAAGCGGAUGCGUCCGAAAACAUUCAUCCGAUACGUCAAUGUCAGGCACCUCAUGCCAACCAGGUAUACUGUGAGCAACGACUUUGACAUCAAGGCACUCGUGCCGGAAGGGGCACUGGACAACAGCGCGGCUCGCAAAAAGGCAAGAAAGGACCUCGCCGGAAUCUUCUACGAAAAGUUCAUGAAUCCCGUCAACGAGAAAGCAGGGAAGGUGUCUAAGGAUGUCCUCUUUCUCAGGAAGAAGCUCCGCUUCUAA